GAUAAAGAAUCUCAAUUAUAUAAGAAGAAAAAAGCAAAAAAUAUCAUACAGGAUGUAUUUGAUUUUAUUAUAGAUAGAUCUGAGAAAAAAUACAUAAUGGAAAUUUCGCUAAUAGAUCAUGAGGAAAAUAAUUGUUAA